AUGUCUAUCAAUGAUUUAAUGUCUAAUAGUAUAUACAACUACAUUGACCAAUUAGAAGCAAAAGAAGAUGAAAUAUUAGAAGAAACAAUUCCUAAAUCAAUUUAUAAAAAGAUUUUAAAUCAUCCUUCACUUUCAAGAUGGAUUAAAUAUUCAAUAAUUUUUUAUAUAUUACGUAUCCCCAAUCCAAUUCAAUGGGCAAAUUUCAUAACAUUAAAUAAACCAAUACGGCAAGCUUUAAAAAAUUUAAACAAUUCAAAACACUAUUUUUCCAAUACUUUAUCAAUUGAUAGAAUUUCAAAUUUAAUAACUUGUAUAUUUUUAUAUUUUGCAAGUAUAAAUAAUUAUAAAUUACCAAAAGAUUAUGCAUUAAUUUCAUUUUUAACUACAUAUCAUGGUGAAUUGAAUCCUCCUUCAAAAUCUCAAAUUUUAGUUAUACCUAAUUUUUCAAAAUAUUUUAAAAUUUCAUAUUAUAAAAAUAAAAGUUAUUAUAGCUUAUUAAAGAGUUGUUAUGAUAAUAAAGAAUUUGUUAUAUUUCCUUUGUUAUUUGCUCAAUUGUUAAGUAAUUAUUUAACUCCAACAAAGUAUAAAUUAAAUCAACGUUAUAUUUCACCAUUUAUGAAAAGGUAUAUCUUAAAUCCAAUUUGGAUAAAUUUUCAAUUAGGUCAUAAUCAUAAAUAUUUAAAUUGGUUAAAUUUAUUAGGAACAUAUUCAUUGCAAAAUCUUAUAUUAGCUUUAGGAAUAGCUGGAAUUUCAUUUAAAAGUUUAAUACUUGAUAAAUUUUAUGAGAUAAAAUAUGGGAAAAGAGAUAAAGACUCCGAAUCUUCAAUUAUAAAAAAUUACCUAGUUUAUAUUUUUCAUAAAUCAAAUUCUAUUAUAAAUUUUAUUUAUUUACCUAAUUUAAUAUCAAUGGAAUUAAUAAGUUUAACAUCUCCAAUAUUCAAAGUAUUAAAUUCAUCAAAAAAUUUAGGUUUACAAUAUUUUUAUCUUAAUAAUCAAAAACAAAUUUUUAAAAAUUAUAUUAAAUUAAUUGGUUUCAUAGCAGGAUUAAUUACAAUGAUAAUCAAUUCUAAAAAAAUGAUACCUGAUUUUGGUUACAACAAAACCAUAGCAAAACAAUAUGAUGAAUAUGAAGAAGAAGUUCCAAAAAUUAGAUAUUUAUCAAAACAAUUUUUUAAUGAUUUAAAUAUUUAUUUAUUUAAAACUAUAUUAUUAUCAAAAUGGAGAAUUACAAAAACUCAUCAUCCAACUUUUAGUAAAAUUCAAUUAUCUAUAUGGAAUCAAAUUGAAACUUUAAUUAUGUGUUUUGGAUUUUAUAAAAUGAUGAAUUUAAAUGAUUUUAUAAAGUUAAGAGCAAUUGAUAAAGAUAGAAUAUCACAAGAUUAUGCAAUAAAAGUUGCAAAUUUUGUAACAUAA